AUGGCGUUCAGAGGCACUUCUGACAAACUAUAUACGCCAAAUUACGGAAAGUUCUUAGGCUUAGUACAACUACUAGCCAAAUUUGAUCUAGUCAUGCAGGAGCACUUGCGAUUAGCUAUGAAGGGUGAUAUUUCAGACCAAUCAGCUUCUGUUCAUCGAUGGAAAUUUCUAACCGAUCACUUGGGACUAUAUACUAUAAAAAAGCACAUUGACACUCGUUGGGAAGCAAGAAUAAGUAGCGUCAAAUCAGUUCGUUAUCAAAUUAGUACUAUCCAUGAUGCUUUGAUUACUUUGGCUCAUGAAACUCAGAAAACUGAUGUUCAAGUGCCUCAUGAAGCUACUACACUAGCCGAACAACUGAAAGAUUUCUGCUUUACAGUUUCAUUGGUUGUUUGGUAUGACAUACUUCGUCAAAUAAAUCUUGUAAGUAAAUCUGUACAGUCAACAGAUAUGGAUCUUGGUAAAUGUACACAAAUGUUGAAAAAAUGCUGCAAUUUUUUGGAAGACUACAGAAAUACGGGCUUUAAAAGCGCUAUUUUAACUGCGAAGGAGUUGGCCGAAGAACUAGAAAUUGAACCUGAAUUUCGAGCUACAACAAGAAUUUGUCGUAUUAAGCGUCAAGCUGGUGAAAUUGCACGCGAUGACCCUAUAACUUCUCCAGAAAAAAAAUUUUCAACUGUCUUUUGGACACUAUAUAAAUUUCAAUCAAUAAAAGGUUCGAACAGUUAA